CUCGCCUCACAGCCCGCGGCGGGAGCUGAUGGAGGGCCCCGGAGAGGAGCCGCUGGUGCAGUGCCCCGUGUGCCUGCGGGAGCUGCCGGGCGCGCACAUCAACUCGCACCUGGACCGGUGCUUGCAGGCCGGGCAGGGCGAGGCGGAGCCGGGCUCAUCGCCCCCCUGCAAGCGGCAGCGCCACGCCGCCGCCCCGCCAGGCAGCCCGGCGGAGGGGGAGUCGAAGGAGGCCCGGCCGCCCGCCGCUUCGCCCGUCUUCUCUCUCUUCCAAAAGGGCCGCGGCGGCGGGCAGAGCCCGGGAGCCCCCGGCAGGAGGAGCGGGGCGGGGCGGGAGGAGGCUGCCGCGCAGCCGGAGGAUGAAGGCUCGGCGGCGGGCGGCAGGGCGCCGCGGCGCGAGACGAGCCUGGCACAGAAGCUGGAGGGGAAGCCGCUGGCCGAGCAGCUGCGGCCGGACACGCUGGGGGAUUACGUAGGGCAGGAGCGGGUGCUGGGAGCGCAGACCCUGCUGCGGUCGCUGCUGGAGUCCCAUGAAAUCCCCUCCCUCAUCCUCUGGGGGCCACCGGGCUGCGGCAAGACUACGCUGGCACACAUCAUAGCCAACAGCAGCAAAAAAAAUGGCACGAGGUUUGUGACACUGUCGGCCACAAGUGCCAAGACAAAUGAUGUUCGAGAUGUCAUCAGCCAAGCCCAGAAUGAAAAAAGACUCUUCAAGAGAAAAACCAUCCUCUUUAUUGAUGAGAUCCAUCGUUUCAAUAAAUCUCAGCAGGACACUUUCCUUCCUCACGUCGAGUGUGGGACAGUGACCCUGAUAGGAGCGACCACAGAAAACCCUUCCUUCCAAGUCAAUGCUGCUCUUCUGAGCCGCUGCCGGGUGAUCGUCCUGGAGAAGCUCUCGGUUGAAGCAAUGGAGGCGAUUCUGCUGCGGGCCGUCAGGUCCUUAGGGCUCCAGGUUUUGGGGCAGGGUGAUCAGCACAGCAGCUCUGAGACUGGCAGCAGCAGCGAGAGCUCCGAAUUCCCGGUGUUCAUAGAGGAGAAAGCUGUAAAUACCCUGGCCUAUCUCUGCGAUGGCGAUGCAAGGACUGGGCUGAAUGGACUCCAGUUGGCAGUUCAGGCCAGACUGGCAGCAGGGAAGGCCACUCCUGUGAAUGUUACCAAAGGGGGUUCUGCAGAUGGCAUUCUGAUAACAGAAGAGCAUGUAAAGGAAGGGCUACAGCGAUCUCACAUCCUGUAUGACCGAGCAGGAGAAGAACAUUACAAUUGCAUCUCUGCCCUGCACAAGUCCAUGAGAGGCUCAGAUGAAAACGCUUCCCUUUACUGGCUUGCUCGAAUGCUGGAAGGUGGUGAAGAUCCCCUCUAUGUGGCAAGGAGGCUGGUGAGGUUUGCAAGUGAAGAUAUAGGACUGGCAGAUCCUUUGGCUUUAACACAAGCAGUUGCUGCUUAUCAAGGCUGUCACUUUAUCGGAAUGCCGGAAUGUGAGGUCAUUCUAGCCCAAUGUGUGGUGUAUUUUGCCAGAGCACCCAAGUCCAUCGAGGUGUACAGGGCGUACAGCAAUGUCAAAGAGUGCCUGAGGAUGCACACGGGGCCUCUGCCGCCUGUGCCCCUGCACCUGAGGAACGCCCCGACGAGGCUCAUGAAGAACUUGGGCUACGGGAAAGGCUACAAAUACAACCCCAUGUACAAGGAACCUGUGGAGCAGGAGUAUCUGCCAGAAGAGCUGAAAGGAACAGACUUCUUCAAGGAACAAAAGACGUGAUGGCCUUGCUCCAAAUGCUUUUUCAUUUCACGGCUUGUACAUUUGUACUGGGAUGGAAAUUCCCCUUACAGUUUCAGCUAUCUGUUACCAUGGUUGAAAGUAUGAGCCUUUCAGAUACUUUCUUAUCCUUUCUGGUUUUGCCACUGGUAUUCUGAAGUUCUUUUGUAAAUAAUGGCAGCAGACAGUAUAGAAAUGAAAAAAAUAAGCUUUAUCAAUGUAGCUCUGUCAUCCUCUGAUUCAAAGGAAAUGGAGAAAAAAUAAGAGACUUCAGUUUCUGGCUCUUGCUGUGAGACAAGGAAUAUUAUUAUGCUGCUUUUUAAAAUCAGUAUCUAUUUCAGAUCUUGAGAAUGUUUAUGUUCUGGGAAAAUAGUAAAUUGGACCCAGUCUAUUGAAAUACAGUAAACAAAAUGCAAUUCCAGCGUAACUCUUGUCACAUUAGAGACUAAUUUUGUAAAUAAAGCUGUUAAAAAUAGUGUC